AUGGGAUUUCUGGUGUUACAACAACACUGCAGUUGCGAAGAGGAUAAAGUCCCAUUUUGUUGCAAAGGGGGAUGGAAGCUUGCCCUCUGUGGAAGUAGACAUUUAACCUCGGCAGAAGUCAAUUAUGCAGUCGUUGAAGGAGAGGCUGCUGCCGUGGUAUGGUGCUUUCAGAAAGCUAGAUUAUUCUUACUGGGACGUCCCAAUAUUAUCCUUGUUACUGACCACCGUCCGCUGGUCAAAGUGUUUGGUGAUAGAGAAUUGAAAGACAUUGCAAAUCCUCGUUUGCUUCGAUUAAAGGAAAAAACAUUACAAUACAGUUUCACAGUGAAAUACAUCCCUGGGAAGAAAAACUCAGCAGCCGAUACUCUUUCAAGAUACCCAGUAAUCAGAAGCCCAAUAAAUGCGAGUGACAGUGAGAUGGAGGAGGAGGUUGAGAGUUCGAGCGUUGCAGCAUUGAUCACGUCGCUGAGGGAUGACGUCAUAACCCUCGACUGGAAUUCUGUUAAAAAAGCUGCUGAAAGCGAUGUGGAAUAUCAGCUGCUAAAGAGUAUGGUAGCCGCAGGUUCUUGGCCGGUAUCAAGAAAUUUAGUUGACUCUAGCAUAAAGCCGUAUUUUAACGUACGGGACCGUCUUGGCAUCGUGGACGAACUGGUGGUGUAUUCAUAUGAUGAAGGGCACAUACGUCUAGUAAUACCUGUGUCACUACGAGACCGAGUUGUCUCUAACCUACACUCAAAACGGUCACAGAUAUGUUUCAAAUAUGUGGAAAACUAUAUCGCAUAUACAGAUAGGCUUACUGGUUGGCUGGAAAUUGCCUUCUUUCCAAGUGGUGCUACUUCUGCUAAGUUUAUCCCACUCUUCCGACGAUACUUCAUGCAGUGGGGUGCCCCGGAAGAAAUUUCCCUCGAUGGUGGCACCAAUUUGGUAAGCACUGAAAUGGCUAGCUUCCUGCAGAAAUGGAUGGGGGUUAGGAUGAGAAUAUCCUCAGCCCAUUACCCCAAAUCCAACGGGAGGGCAGAGGCAGCAGUACGUACAGCAAAAAGAACCAUUCAAGAUAACACAAGAAGCGACGGAAACCUCAACACAGAUAGUUUUGCAAGAGCCAUUUUGCAAUAUAGAAAUACGCCCCUAAGAGACAUCGAUAAAUCGCAGCACAAUUAG